AUGACAUCAGCAGUGGAGGCCUUGUUCAGACCGCAGCUGCGAUCAGCUUUAACUAGGCCCAGCCGCGGCAGUGUGGCGCUCCAUCAGCUGAUGUGGAGCGCUACCUUCGCCGCGUUCUUCAUCACUGCAACAGCCUACAGUCGACAGAAACACUUCGCACAGGUGGCGGUGAAAUCCAGUUAUGAAGCCCGGAGUUUGGUGAGAUCUGAAAUCGCACAAUUUCUGCCAGAUCUUCGAUCCAUUCAAGUGCGCUUUAGCCUUCUGCAGCCAACGAAUGACACGGACGGCCUUUUCGGUACUCAGCUGCCCUUCUUGAAGAACUCCCUUUGCUGGUCGGAGAAGAACUUAGCCUCCGCUCUCAUAGGAAAUCAGCUCUUUGGCUAUGCCCCUGAAUAUGUGGUCUACACAGACAAUCACACUCACAACUAUGCGACGGAGGUCUUUCACGGUUUCCCAUCGCAUCGCUAUCACCUGGUGAACUUGGAUAUGGAUCCAAAAGACAUGAUGCGAAUGGCCCCCUUCAACAAGAGCGAAUUCGAUGACCGCAACUUGGCCUCCGUCCGUCGCACCCUGGCCGAUUGUGACCACCUGGAUCCGCACAAGGGUCGGCUGCUGCUGGGCACCGAUGUGAAGUUUUUGCAGCGACCCUUAGAAUUCAUCGAAGCAGCCUCACAACUGCAUGAAAAACAGGCAGUCUAUAUGGUGGACCGGUUCUGGCAGGGUCAAACUGCUGAUGGUCAGCCUGUGAGCAAGGUGAAGUAUCGUAUGAACACCACAGGGCCGCAGUGCCCUGGGCUUCUGGGAGACUUCGUGUAUUUGAGUCCUGGUUUGGAACUCACUGUGAAGAAGCUUCAAGAGAAGAUGACCUGGUACAUGAACCAGCCACGGGUCCUCGAAAGGACCAUUCCUCCCUGCAGUGCCAGUUGUUUGGCCUCCAACGGUCUACACGCCAUCGACCAGUUCGCCUUGGUCAUGGCUCUGGGCGAAGCUGUUAGGCCUAUGGGCAAAGGCUGCUAUUCAUUGGACACUGAAAGAUAUUCCCAUUGGUAUCCACGAACUCCAAAGACACAGGUCACGCAUGACAAGACGAUGGACACUUGCGAGAUGGUUCAGCCGGUGGAAAUGGAUGCAGCUUCCAGCGAGCAAAAUGAGGAUUCGAAAUUGAAGAUGCUUUUCGCAGCCCUGGUUCUGUUGUUUACGGCGAUGGUCUCCCUAUUGUGCGCUUUCACAGAGUCAGAGGAGAAGGGAAGCAAAGAACUGCAAGCAUUUGAUGACUGGAAGGACAUGUGCAGUUCAUGAAACAUGAAUGAUGUGCAUAGCAUAGUGACUUGCAACUUAGUGGAAACAGGCUGCCUUGGAGAGAAAUGAAGCUCAGAAAAAAGGCUCGCCUGCAAAUUACGUCAUCCAAAGACCCGACGCAAUGGAUAGACCACACAACUGCCAGAAGAUAUUGCAGAAUGCAGAACGGCGGUGUGCAAAGAUUCAGAUGAUAGAGGUUUGUUUGCGGACACAAUCACGGCCUGCCUGUGACAAAGUGUAGCCGCUUAGCCCAUACAUUUUGGAUCAUUU